AUGGAUCAGCAGAAGGCCUUUGGCCGCAUCACCAGGCGCGUCGCCAUCGACCGCAACAUCCUCACCUACCGCCUCGCCGCACGCGAGCUCGGCUGCACCGUCGCCCAGGCCAAAACCGUCCUCAAGGCCUACUUCGAGUCGGACGUCGCAAAGGAGCGCAACGUCGGUGCCGUCUGGCUCGUGUCGGGCUACCUCGCCCAGCCGCCUCCUCGAGCGCCCAACGGCUCGGCGGUCAAGGAGGAGGACGCCAUGGACGUCGACUCGAGCGCCGACACGAGCACGAGCGCGCCGGCCCAGGCGUCGCAGGAGCGAGACGGUGUGGCGGGUACGGCCGGCGAGGACGAGGUGGUGCAGCGGGUCGUACAGCGCCUCGUGCAGGACAAGGACCUCGAGGCCCAGCUCCCCCUCUUCUCCUCGACCCCGCGCCCGCCGUCAACGCACCUCUACGCGCUCCUCCCCUCGCCCUCGCUCCCCUCGCUCGCCCUCCUCGGCCCCGCAGCCCUCUCGCUCGUCGCGCCCGCCGCGCGCGAGAAAUGGCGCGUCCCCCCGCCUGCUGCCACAGAAGACGGCGCCGACGCUGGGGACCACGGCGGCGCGUACGGUGAGCUGGUCAACCCGGACGGCGAGAGGAGGAGGGUCAAGGGCGCCACGGCGGCGGGUCGCGCGGCGGGCGCGGGCGCGAGCGCGAGCGCGGCCAAGGGCAAGGGCAAGGGCAAGGAACCCGUCGGCGCGUCGUCGACGUCGCGCACGACGAGCGCGGCGGGCAAGAAGGAGGGCGACGACGAGCCCGCCGUCGCCGUCGGCAAGGCCAAGGCGGGCGCCGACAAGCCCAAGGCCAAGGACAAGAAGGCGUCGAAGAAGGACGCCGCCGACAAGGACAAGGCCAAAGACAACAAGGGCCCCAAGGCGCGCCCGAUCGGCCAACUCGGGGGCCUCUUCUCGCGCACGUUCGACAAGCCGCCGCCGCCCAAGAAGUCGUCGUCCAAGUCCAAGAAGGGCAAGGGCAAGGCGUCGUCCGACUCGGACUCGGACUCGGACGGCGACUCGGACGACAAGUCGAGCGGCAGCGACGACGACGACGACGACGACGACGACGACGACGUCAAGCCGGUCAAGAAGGUCGUGCCCGCCAAGCGCAAGUCGUCGUCGCCCGUCGUGACGCGCAAAAAGGCCGUCGCCUCGCCGGUCAAGGUGUCCAAGAAGAAGGCCGCCGACGUCGUGCUCGACGGCGACGACGGCGACGAGUUUGACGACUGGGCCAUGGACGAGGAGGCGCUGCUCGAGGCUGAGCGCGCUGCCGAGGUGCAGGCGGCACAGAGGAAGACGAGCGCCGGGGCGAGUGGGAGCGCUGAGGCGGGCAAGGGCAAGGCCAAGGGCAAGGAGAGCAAGGCCGACAGGCAGAAGAGGGAACUCGAGGAGAUGAUGCAGAGCGACGACACGAUGGACGUCGACUCGAAGCCUGCGCGCGCAACCCUCUCGCGCACGCCGUCCACCUCGUCCGCCGCGCCGUCCAAGCCCAAGCCCAAGAGCGCCUCGUCGACCUCUGCCUCGUCCGGCUCGGGCGCGCCGGCGCAGCAAAAAGGCCUCGGCGCGUUCUUCAAGAAGAAGUGAGUGCGAGGCGGCGGCUGUGCACGAGAGGGCGAGGGGGAGAGGGGCAGGAGGAGGAGCUUGGGCGAGAGAAAGAGGGGAGGGCCGAGGAGGCUCGUGCGGCAAUGGAGCAGCUGUACCUUGG